CCUCAAGUAAUAAUAACACACAAAGUCGAUCACAAUUAAACUUAACAUUUAAUCACAUUUUCAUAGUUCAAAUGGCGAUAUUAUCUAAGGGUAUUUCUUACAGUCGUUUAUUUUUGAGAAACCUUCACUCGAAAAAUGUCUCGACAUCUUCUCAUAUACCAAAAACCUUUAAAGACGACACGAUGCGUUUUCUUAAGACAUCUAGCUCAAGGACCACGUUCCAAGCACGACGGGGAUUUUGUGAUCGAAGUGGCAAUCAAGAAUCGCCUGAUUCUCAACCACCAUCUUCUCCACCUUCUCAUUUGAGCAGUCAUUGGGGAAAAUGGACAACUGGAAUUGGGCUGACUAUGAUAAUACCCUUUCUACAAUUUAAAGAAGAUGUAGAUUUGGUCAUUGAGACGGCUGAGGAAAUAAUAGAUGUUAUAGAAGUGGUGGCUGAAGCGGUGGACACGGUGGCUGAGAAGAUCGCCAACGAUCUUCCUGAGGGGAAUAAGAUCAAAACCAACAUGUUGUUAGUUGAAGAAGUGGCAGAGAAAAUCGCCGGAAAAGCUGAAAAAGUUAUAGAAAUCAUCGAUGAGGUUCAAGCAGCGGAGCAAAAGUUGAAUCCAGUUAUCAAACCAGUGAAAGAAUUAACCCAAGCGGCUCCUUCGGAAACAAGUUGAUUCAUACUUCUUAGGAUGCUCUCAAGUUAAUAAAAUAUAUAUAACUUUUUCGUGUUAAUUAAUAAUAAAUCAAGUUAGGUGUAUUCAAAAUAUUUGUAUAUGUAAAUGUGUAAAUAAUUGUAUUAAAAAGAAGUUGAAGCAUCAUG